GAAGCAGAGUUUAAAAAUCCCCUAAGUGAUCUUUGAGGUCCCUUUUUGUGAGGUUCUAGGAAAUCUGUGUUAACCCUCAGAAGUGUUGCUUAUUAUUAGGGUUGGGGGCAGGAGUAUGAAUUCUAGCGAUUCCAUUAAGAGAAAUGUGGGCAUUAAGAUGGGCUUCAUCCUUGAAAUGUCUAGAGCUGAUGGCUUGUGCCUCUGACCAAAAGCUGUAGCUGUGUCCCUCCCCUCUGACAUGUGCUUUCAUCUUUUCAGGGCCCGAAAGGUUCCUGUGCCCUGGGGCCUUUUCUGGGUCCUAACUGGUGAUUAUAAUUCCACCUCAGAGUUUCUCCCCUUUAGUUCAUGUUCCUAUAUUGAGAAAAUUGAUAAAACACAAAUUCAUCUUGGGGAGAGAUAUCAGGAAGAGGCUUUAAGUUGUCAUUGGUUAUUUUAACUUGAAGCAUCUGAGCAGUGGCUUUGAGAAUGGAGCCUGGGCCACUACAUUUAAAUCAACCAACAUUUAUGGAGCACCUGCUGUCUACCAGCUGCUACAAGGGGACAGAGGUGAGAAUGUCACCACCACUGCCCUCAUGGGGCUCCAAGGCAGUAGGCAGGAGGGAAGGAAUUCACAUUUGUUGGAACCAUCUAGACACUACUUAAAACAUUUUACGUAUGAUAUCUCAUUUUGUCCAAAAGUAGAUAUUAGUCUCAUAUUUUAUUAUGUAAAAUUUUGAUUGUAUAUAAAGUAAGUGUACAUACCACAUAGCCAUGUAACCACUGCCCAGAUCAAGAAACAGCAUUGCCUGUACCCUGAAACCCCCCUUGAGUCCUAGACAUCACCUCCCACCCAGGGGUAACCACUAUUCUGACUUUUAGCACCACAGGUGAGUUUUGCCUAAGUGGAAUCACACAGUAUGUAAUCUUUUCUGUCUGGCUUCUUUCAUUCAACAUUAUUAGGCUUGUGAGUUUCAUCUAUGUUGUUGCAGGUAGCCGUAGUUUAUUUAUUCUCAUUGUUGUGUAAUAAUUCUAUUGCAUGGGUAUAACUCUAUCUACGUAUCUAUUCUUCUAUUGAUGGCCGUUUGGUUGUUUCCAAUUUUUAGUUAUUACUAAUAAUGCUGCCGUGAACAUUCUGACAUGGGCCAUUUUGGAAGGCAUCUACAUGCAUUUCCCUUACAGAUGUCCAUAGAAACUGCCCAACAGAUUUCCAAAGUGGUUGUCCCAGAGUGUGCUUCUCCUGGCAGUGUUGGAGAGUUCUGAUUUCUCCACAUAGUCACCAACAGUAGGCAUGGUCCAGAUUCAUUUUCCAUGGCUGUAUGCUCCAGGCCUCAAUGAAGAGCCCAAACAUGGAGACGUUCAAGCAGCAGAAGGUGGAGGACUUUUAUGACAUCGGAGAGGAGCUGGGGAGCGGCCAGUUUGCCAUUGUGAAGAAGUGCCGAGAGAAGAGCACGGGGCUGGAGUACGCGGCCAAAUUCAUCAAAAAGCGGCAGAGCAGGGCCAGCCGGCGGGGCGUGUCCCGGGAGGAGAUCGAGCGGGAGGUGAGCAUCCUGCGGCAGGUGCUGCACCCCAACGUCAUCACGCUGCAUGACGUCUUUGAGAACCGAACCGACGUGGUGCUCAUCCUCGAGCUAGUGUCGGGAGGAGAGCUCUUCGACUUCCUGGCCCAGAAGGAGUCGCUGAGUGAGGAGGAGGCUACCAGCUUCAUCAAGCAGAUCCUGGACGGUGUGAACUACCUUCAUGCCAAGAAAAUUGCUCACUUUGAUCUCAAGCCAGAAAACAUUAUGUUGUUAGACAAGAAUAUUCCCAUUCCACACAUCAAGCUGAUUGACUUUGGCCUGGCUCAUGAAAUAGAAGAUGGAGUUGAAUUUAAGAAUAUUUUUGGGACGCCAGAAUUUGUUGCUCCAGAAAUUGUGAACUACGAGCCCCUGGGCCUGGAGGCUGACAUGUGGAGUAUAGGCGUCAUCACCUACAUCCUCCUAAGUGGAGCAUCCCCUUUCCUGGGAGACACAAAGCAGGAAACGCUAGCAAAUAUCACAGCAGUGAGUUACGACUUUGAUGAAGAAUUCUUCAGCCAGACCAGCGAGCUAGCCAAGGACUUCAUCCGGAAGCUUCUGGUGAAAGAGACCCGCAAACGGCUCACAAUUGAAGAGGCUCUCAGACACCCCUGGAUCACGUCCAAAGGAGAAGUCAGAGCCCCGGAACAGCAGAAGACAGAGCCUGCCCAGCUGAAGACCAAGCGCCUAAGAGAAUACACCCUCAAAUGCCACUCAAGCAUGCCUCCCAAUAACACCUAUGUCAACUUUGAGCGUUUUGCCCGUGUAGUGGAGGACGUGGCUCAGGUGGACCAGGGAUGCCGUGCCCUGGCAGGGACCCAUGACACCAUCCAGGAUGACGUGGAGGCUCUGGUCUCCAUAUACAAUGAGAAGGAAGCUUGGUACCGGGAGGAGAGUGAGAGCGCCCGGCACGACCUCUCCCAGCUCAAGUACGAGUUCCGCAAAGUGGAGUCCUUGAAGAAGCUCCUACGAGAAGACAUCCAGGCCACAGGGGCCAGCCUCGGAAGCAUGGCCAGGAAAUUGGACCAUCUGCAGGCACAGUUUGAAGCUUUAAGGCAGGAGCUCUCAGCAGACCUACAGUGGAUCCAGGAACUGGUGGGCAGUUUCCAGCUGGAGAGUAAGAACACAGAUGGCCUGGGCUCCGUGUUCUGCAGAGACACCAGGGAGUCCCUAGUGGAGCAGCUCGACAGAUCAUGCAGCAAGGAAAUCUUGGCUGGCUUGAAACUCUGAGCACCAGAAUCUAGUCAGUAAUGCAUCCUGGAUGAUUUGCAGAAGCGUGUUCCCAAGUGCCCUGCCAGAGCAUCAGCUAGAAUUAUCCUUAGGGUGUGUGUAUGUAGCAUAGCCCUCCACCCCCUUCACAGAAUCCAGAAUCAGGAAGGCGCUAGCUAGUUACUCAUUCUGCACCUCCUCUCACCAACCUGGUUUUCUGGGAGGUGGCUGGUGGAGCAGCCAAGCUAUUAAAACAAUUGAGAAUGAGUACCUCUCAGCCUACCCUUUUCCAGAGGGAGGAUGGCUGGCCCCAGGGAGAUGCUUGUAAUUGAUCUGUGAUAAUGGAUUUCUUCACAUCUCACCUCCCACCUAUAUGUCUUAAUAAAUUGCAGAUCUUGGGUAAUCUUUGAGCUAAGUAGGGAUAACAAUAAGCCAGUUUGGUGCUUUCCUGCUGCAGAAGGAGGAAUUUAAAAUGCACAGAAAAAUAUUACCUUCCAUUUGCACUGACUUUUCACUUACCAAGCACUGUCUUUGAUCUUUAAAAGAACUCCUUGAGCAGAAAGGUGGAUGGUAUUAUUCUUGUUGUUGCUAUUAUUUCCAUGUAACUGGUGAGGAAAUUGACUCUGAGAGGAAAAAUGACUUACCCAAGGUCUUUCAUAGCUAGUUGAUGCAGAUGAGACAGAAACUUAGGAUGCCCGACCCUCAUAAGAGGUAUAUGGAGAAAUAGUGAGACUUUGCUAUAAAUAUCCACCUUAACAUUACAGUUCAGCUCCAGAGGAAACGUUAGUAGCUUCAUGUAUUUAUUUCAUGUAUUCUGACAGGUAUAGGUGGAAUGUUUCAUACCUUUAAACGAUUGUCCCAAGAAACAGGUCCUAGAAGAUGCAGUUCUCUGUUCCCAUCCAGCUCUGUCCCUGGCUGAUUUUCAGCAGGAUGGAAGGGGCAGUAUCUCCCCCUUUUCCACUUUCCCCCCUUCUGACUGAGGGCCCCAGCCUUGUGUUAGAAAUGAAGACAAAAAAGGACUCAACAAGAAGAUCCCUUUUCUUAUGUACUAGGGCAUAGCCCUGAAAGGGCUGAGAAAUUCCAGAGCGUUUAAGACUGGAAAGCACAGGCUCAGUGGUCCCUUCUUGACUCCAGGCUUCAAGCACACCUUCUUGAGGACUGUAUUAUGUCCUCUCCGUUUUCCUAAAGGAGGGACAUCAGCCAGCUCAUAUGGACAGAGUGUGGGCCCAGCACUGUGCUAGAAGCUUGGGGGUGAGGGACCAGAUUGUAUCAUUUCAAAGUUACUACACAGACUCACAGAACACCCUUGUCAGAUACGCAGGGUAAGUGUUAUUCCCAAUUUGGAACUGAGGAAACAGAGAGGAUGUGAUUUGCCCAAGGUCACUGUAGUGGCAAAAGUGGAGGCCUUCUGAUGAUACGUCUGUUGCUCUUUCUGCUUCCCCUAACUGCUCCAGGCUCCGGGAGUUUACUCUUUAAUUAUAGGGCAGAGACACCCAGAUUCAUCCAUAUAUCCAUUGACAAAUGUUUAUUGAGCACCUGCCAGGCACUCAGCCUGGCACAGGGGAUACACUAUUGAGUGAAAACAGGCUCCUUUCCUGCCUUCAUUGAGUUGACAGUCAGGUAAAGGAUUCCAGCAUUAAACAAGAACAUUCUACAGAUGUAGGGCUGCAGGUGGGAUACACGCUAUGAAAGAGAAGGAUGUAGUGCUGCACAAGCAUGCUAUGGGGGUUUGAUAUAGUCAGGGAAGGCCUCCCUGAGGUGGUGAUGCUGGAGGUGAGGUCAGCUAAGCAAACCAGGGAGAAAGAAGUGUUCCUGACAGAGCUGUCAUGCCAGGGCUCUGUGGUAGAGAGGGCAUGGGAAGCUGAAAUUGCAUGGACAGAAAGCUGGAGGGGAGACGAUAAGGUGUGUAUAUGGCGUAGAUGUGACUGGAGAGGAUGCACGACCAUUGGUACUUUGCCAUAUCAAAGAGCUCUGCCUUUAUCCCAAGAGUCAUAGGGAACCAUGAUGGGUGCUGGGCUAGUCAACAGCCUGAUGUGCUGGGUGGGGGAGGGGAUGUCCAGAGAGCAGCACAGAUGGCAAGUGGUUUAGGAGGAGACAUGAGAUUUUGACCCUGUGCAACCAUUUUUUCAGAACCCUACCUCCUUUUCCAUUAUCAUACCAGAUCAUUUCAAAUAUUGUAUGUAACAUUGGUUACAGAAACUUUUUUCAUCAAAUAUAAGAGACCAUAUUUCCAUCAAAUAUAAGAUGAGUUGUUAUUUUAUAUACCAAAAAUAAGAAAGAACAAAGCCAAGUGCAAGAGGAGACCGCUUCCCCUCUCCUCAAAGCUGGGACGCCCUCACUGAGAGGGUAAAUGAGAAAUAAAGCCACCAUGCAAAAAGGGAAGGCAAGGAAACCUGAGUCUUUCACCCUUCAUGCUAGAUGGAGGGAUGGAAAAUCCCCCCUGACAAGAGGGGCCCCACGCGUGUGGAAUUCACACAGGUUUGCUUUCUGAAUUUGCACAAUCAGUGUGAUCCAAAGGAACUUCAAUUAGAGAAUCUAAUGUCAUACAGUCUGAGGCUGAAUGGCCCCCAAUGUCUGGCAUAAGCAGUGUGGUCAUCUUCUGAAACACCUGCCUUUGUUUCAGACUGACAGUAAUGACAUAAUGCCAUUGAUGGGAAAGAAGUCCUGAUUUCAGAGACCCAAAACUGUGUAUCUUGGGAUCAAUGGAAGAUAGCAAAGCCCUUUUUCCUGUGCCUUGCCUGGGAGACUGGGUACAAGUGACCUGUCUACAGUCUCUCCAAGAACUUACUUGCCCUGUCAUGAGAUGUGAUGUACUCAUUUGGCAUGAAGACACUGCAGAUAUUAAAGGUCCCUUUGGCUAUGUCAGUAGACCUUGACCUCAUAUAGCCAGAUUUCCUCAGGAAAGGAAGCCCCCAAUUGAAUAACUCAGGUUAAACUUUCUUUUGAGAGUCCAAAUAAAAUGCACUUAAAGGAGUAAGAUGUUGAGGAUGAUUUGAUUUGGAGAGACUGGAAACAGAGAGGGGAAGGUAGUUAGUUGAGAAUCGUGGCAUGAGUCACUCACUGUUUGUACUGAGAGGUGGACCAUCAGACACCUUCACUUUACAGCAUUUGACAGGACAGGGCCUGCCUGAAGUCACCCAGCUGGUCAUCCCCAAAGCCGGAGUCAGAACCAUAAGUGAUUCUCCUCACAGUAGUGGACUCAUCUUCUCUGUGAUCAUAUCUAGUCAUUACUAACUAUUUAUUAUUUAGGUGUUUUAUAAGCAGACCCUUUUCUGUACUAAGAGUUUCUAAAGACAAAUCGAAAUAAACUAAGAAGCGCUCCCAAGUCUUUCAGGGAAGGUGGAGGAGGAGACCAUGACCUUCCUCUGUCCCCUGGCCAAUCCAACUCUCCUCACCCUUUGGCAUCAGAACCUGAUACUGAGGGGGAGCCCAAGGAGGCCUGUGGAAUGUCAGAGAAUCCACCUGACUCCCCACCACAUGUUCACAGCUGGCAUUUUAACAGUGGAGUCAAGGGUAGGGUGGGGCUGACAGUGGCCUGAGGGGGUGUCAAGAGGGGAAUGUUUCACUGGGACCUAGAGGGAGGAAGGCCUGGGGUGGGGUGGGGGGCUGCUGCUAGGCCCAUCUGCCAUAAAGGAGGAGUUUUCAUUUACCAGGCAGUGAGAGGUUGGCCUCUGUGCUCUGUGCAAAUGCCACCCUGGGCUGUUGGGGAGGGCAGGCUGAGUGUGUGACAUCUUCCUGAUCAUGGGUUCCCAAGGAAGCUGGAGAGUUGGCACCUUGGGAAGGCAGCAGCCUGUCCCUGCUCUGAGCCGAAUGCCCAUGGCACAUGGUAACUCAGCUUUGUGUUAGGAAAGGUGGAAAAGGUGUGGUAACAGGUGAUUCUGCAGCUGUAGGAGGCUGGCAGAGAAGGGAUGGGGUGGAGUAAUAAUGACAAGAGAAGCCAGUCUCCCCCAUGAGUCCUCUCCUCACAUCACCCACCCUCCCUUAGAGGUGAUUAUGAAGAUGGUGGCUUCCCACCUCGUUCCGUCAUGCAGCAGUCGGCCCAUGUGGGAGGUAGCUGUGUGCCCUGCACCCACCCCCACUGCCAGCCUCUGUAAAUGUCUGUGGGACUGAAUGGCCUUUUCUCCUUUGUCUGUGAAACUCUUGGCCUGUGGAGAAGAUUCUUUGCUCUGUAGAGGAAGACCCAGCAGUGGGUACAUUUGAGGAGCAGAAGGGGCCAGUUCAUUUGAACAAACACUGAUUGUGCUCUGGCUCUGAAGGGAGGUGACAGAUAAGGACAAGACAGCCCCUGAAUAAAAGACUCAGUGUCUGGAACAGUUGGGGACCCCAAUUGGGAGAUGGGAAAGGCCAUGAGAAGUGGUAAAACAGAGGUACCUAGUAUUCCAGAAGACGGGAGAGAGAUGAAUUCUGACUGAGAAAGAGUAAGAGGGGCAUCAGGGGGCAGAAACGUUCUCAGGGAAGGUCCCCCCUCCAACAUCUCCUUCCCAAGCCAUAGCCUGUGGAGAAGGUGCCACGUAGAAUUUGGGGGUGGGGGUGGGGAUGAGCAUGAGCACAGAUUGGGAUCAGGAGCCAGGAACUGUUAAGUGGAGGUAAAGAGGAGAUUUAUAGAGACUUAACAGAGGGCAAGUUUUUGUUUCAAAUUUUUUGUUAUGGGAGAUUCUCAUCAGUAUCCAGAAUGUUACAGUGAGUUCCCUGUGCCUGUUACACAGCUUUGACAGUGAGCGAGUCAUGGCCAGUCCUCUCCCAUUCAUCUGCACCACGGCUUUUUCCGGAGUAUUUAAAAAAAUUUUUUUUUCAACGUUUAUUUAUUUUUGGGACAGAGAGAGACAGAGCAUGAACGGGGGAGGGGCAGAGAGAGAGGGAGACACAGAAUCGGAAGCAGG